CCUCGUUUAGGCAGGCUGCUGCUUCCUGGAGCAGGAAAUUCCCACCCUCCAUCUCUGUCUUGGUCUAUCCGCAUCACCACAGAGCGUCUUCCCACCAAUCCCACCCCCAGGAGGCCAGAGGGGAAGGCCCCUGGGAAGAGGAGGGUCCCAGACCAGGUUCCCAGUCCCAGGUUAGAGGCGUUUAGUCACCUGCUCGCCACCUACAAGGCGCCUCCCACAGCGGCCGCCAGGGGGCAGCAGCCACUCGCUCAGUGGGAGCCUGUAAAUGAGCUUCCCAAAAAGGUUGCACUCCCCACCGCCGCCCCCUCCCACUGCUGCCGUGCCUCGGUCCCUGACCUGCUCCCUGGGCCCAGUCUGCGGACUCCCUGGACCCUUCUGCCGGCCUUAAGCGCUCCCCAGUCGGCCGGCUGUGGUGCCGUGCACCGGGACCCCAAAUGCCGCCUCCUUGCGGCCGGGGUCCUCAGCAGCCCCAGACGCUGCCCCAGGAGCAGGAGCCCGGCCUCUCUGCGGCCGGCGCCUAUUCCCCGCCUCGCCGCACGCUCGCCUUUCGACCCGCGGCGGGGACGUGCGGGGACGCUCGGCGCUCCCGGCUGCAGCCUCCCCGCCAGCCCUUCGGAGACGGCCUGGCGCCGGGGCCUGGAAGUCCUCCCGCCCGAGUGCCCCGCCGGGCGCUGCGGGCACGGCCCGGGAGGGGCGCCGCAUCUGUAUGCGCCCGGCGGCCAGGGAGCGCCGCCCCCGCCCCCGCCGCGCGGGCCCGGGCUGGCCGGGGAGGGUCGGAGGCUGGGCUCUCUCCCGCGCGCCGCGGAGCCGCCUCGCUCCUCCGCAGGCGGAGCCUCCUUCCCCCGCCCCCUCCGUCUCGCUCCCUUGUUCUCGCCGGGGCCGCUCAGACCUGCAGCGGAGCCGCGGCGCCCGCUCGGAUCGGCUCGGGGCUGCGCCCCUGGGACCCGGCGAAGGGGGCUGGCGGGGACGCUCCCCGCCGGCCUGGGCCCCUCGGCACUGUCAGGUGUGGAUCCAUGGGGUAGCCCCAACGCGUCUGCCCUUCUGGCCCAGCUGGCUCAUGCCUCAGUACUCGGGGACAGCGACCAGAGCCCUAGCUGGAGCCCAAACAUGUGGGGCCUGGUGAGGCUCCUGCUGGCCUGGCUAGGUGGCUGGGGCUGCAUGGGGCGCCUGGCAGCCCCAGCCCGGGCCUGGGCAGGGUCCCGGGGGGCCCCAGGACCAGUGCUGCUGCGGAACCGAAGGAGCUGGGUGUGGAACCAGUUCUUUGUCAUUGAGGAAUAUGCGGGUCCAGAGCCUGUCCUUAUUGGUAAGAGCCUGGACCGGGAGGAGAAGGCACAGUACGUGUUGCUGGCCCAAGCUGUGGACCGAGCCUCCAACCGGCCUCUGGAGCCCCCGUCAGAGUUUAUCAUCAAGGUGCAAGACAUUAAUGACAACCCACCUAUCUUUCCGCUCGGGCCCUACCACGCCACGGUGCCUGAGAUGUCCAAUGUCGGGACAUCAGUGAUCCAGGUGACUGCUCAUGAUGCCGAUGACCCCAGCUACGGGAACAGCGCCAAGCUUGUGUACACCGUGCUGGAUGGACUGCCUUUCUUCUCUGUGGACCCCCAGACUGGAGUGAUACGGACAGCCAUCCCCAACAUGGACCGGGAGACGCAGGAGGAGUUCUUGGUGGUGAUUCAGGCCAAGGACAUGGGCGGCCACAUGGGGGGGCUGUCGGGCAGCACGACGGUGACGGUCACCCUCAGCGAUGUCAACGACAACCCCCCCAAGUUCCCUCAGAGCCUAUACCAGUUCUCUGUGGUGGAGACGGCUGGGCCAGGCACCCUGGUGGGCCGGUUGCGGGCCCAGGACCCAGAUCUGGGGGACAACGCCCUCAUGGCCUACAGCAUCCUGGAUGGAGAGGGGUCUGAAGCCUUCAGCAUCAGCACCGACUCCCAGGGUCGAGACGGGCUCCUCACUGUCCGCAAGCCCCUGGACUUCGAGACCCGGCGCUCUUAUUCCUUCCGCGUGGAGGCCACCAACACCCUCAUUGACCCAGCCUACCUGAGGCGAGGGCCCUUCAAGGACGUGGCCUCCGUGCGCGUGGCUGUGCAGGACGCCCCAGAGCCGCCUGCCUUCACCCAGGCUGCCUAUUACCUGGCAGUGUCUGAGAACAAAGCUCCCGGGACGCUGGUGGGUCAGGUCUCAGCAGCGGACCUGGAUUCCCCAGCCAGCCCGAUCAGAUACUCCAUCCUCCCCCACUCGGAUCCAGAGCGCUGCUUCUCCAUCGAGCCUGAAGACGGCACCAUCCGCACGGUGGUGCCUCUGGACCGCGAGGCUCGCGUCUGGCACAACCUCACGGUCUUGGCCACGGAGCUCGACAGCUCCGCACAGGCCUCCCGUGUGCAAGUAGCCAUCCAGAUCUUGGAUGAGAAUGACAACGCCCCCCAGCUGGCUGAGCCCUAUGACACCUUUGUGUGUGAUUCAGCUGUCCCUGGCCAGUUGAUUCAGGUCAUCCGGGCCCUGGACAGAGAUGAGGUGGGCAACAGUAGCCGUGUCUCCCUUCAAGGUCCUCUGGGCCCUGAUGCCAACUUCACUGUCCGUGACAACCGAGAUGGCUCCGCCAGCCUGCUGCUGCCCUCUCGCCCUGCUCCGCCCCGCCAGGCACCCUAUCUGGUUCCCAUAGAACUGUGGGACUGGGGGCAGCCAGCCUUGAGCAGCACCGCCACAGUGACUGUCAGCGUGUGCCGCUGCCGGCCCGAUGGCUCAGUGGCUUCCUGCCGGCCCGAGGCUCAGCUCUCACCGGCCGGGCUCAGCACUGGGGCCCUGCUUGCCAUCGUCACCUGUGUGGGCACCCUGCUUGCCCUGGUGGUGCUCUUCGUGGCCCUGCGGCGGCAGAAGCAGGAAGCACUGAUGGUGCUGGAGGAGGAGGACGUCCGUGAGAACAUCAUCACCUAUGACGACGAGGGUGGCGGCGAAGAGGACACGGAGGCCUUCGACAUCAGCGCCCUGCAGAACCCCGACGGGGCAGUCCCGCCGAACCCCGGGCCACCAGCGCGCCGCGACGUCCUGCCCCGGGCCCGGGCACCCCGCCAGCCCCGGCCCCCUGGGCCCGCCGACGUGGCGCAGCUCCUGGCGCUGCGGCUCCGCGAGGCGGACGACGACCCCAGUGUGCCGCCCUACGACUCCGUGCAGGUGUACGGCUACGAGGGCCGUGGCUCCUCCUGCGGCUCGCUCAGCUCCCUGGGCUCCGGCAGCGAGGCGGGGGGCGCCCUCGGCCCCGCCGAGCCGCAGGACGACUGGGGGCCGCUCUUCCGCACCCUGGCUGAGCUGUACGGGGCCAAGGAACCCCCGACCCCCUGAGAGCGGGCCCCAGCUCAGUGGGGCACCCCUCACAGGCCCUCUGAGUGAGCCCCCACGCCCUGGGCUCCAGGCAGGCGGCAGCAGCCUGGGGGCGAACCCCCAGGCCUCCUCUCCUCCCGGUGUCCCUCUUCCCAGCUUCCCCAGGGCAACCUCCUUCUUACCUCCCUUCUCCCAAGUCGUUAGUUUGUCUCCCUCCAGGGAUCUCUGUCUCUUUCUGUAACACUCUCCUGUCUGGGUCUGGAUUGUGUGGUUCGACUCUCAAUCUGUUCCUUCACUGUGAUUCCACUCUCUCCGUGACUCUGUUUUUGUCUGCCCGAUUCUAAAUCUCUCCCAAACCCUCUCUCUGUCUCCCUUGCCCACACACAUGCUCUGUGUCUGUCUCCUGCCCACAUCUGCCUGCAUUCUCUCCGGUCCCUGUGACUGGCUUUUCAGUUAUUUCUGUUGUCCAUCCCAAAAAACAAGAGAAACUUCCAGCCACUGCUGCCCACCCUCCUGCAGGGGGAUGUUUGGCCCCAGACCUGCCCGCAUGGUUCCAUCCAUCACUCAUGGCCUCAUCCUGGCUCCACUGGCCUCCAGCAGAGAGAGGGUGCCAGCCCACCUCCCAGGGCAAGAGCUCCAGCCCCCCACACGGCCGCCUCCCUGGAGCUCUGCGCAGCUGUUGGCCUGCCCUGGGCAUCCCAGCUCUGGGCAUUGUCUUGUGUGCUUCCCAGCCCCAGGGGGAGGGGAGGGGAAGGAAAGGAAAGAGGGAGGCAGCUGGGGAAGGGGAAAAAGGGAGGAAGGGGAGGGGCCUCCAUCUCUAAUUUCAUAAUAAACAAACACUUUAUUUUCUAAAGCUGGAGCCCUGUUUCCAGUUC